AUGAGGCUCUCCAACGAUAUCCUAUCGAAAAAGGUUCUAGAUUACAGGACCAAAAGAAGGAGACUAAAUCAAAUUGAGAAUUUUGAAAAAAAUAAGUAUCAGAAAGGACACAAACAGUCAAGUGCUAGCCAAACAAGCUAUGGUCAGUCAACUCCAGAUGCAACAACUAGUAGUGAAAUCAGUCAAGUAAAUCGUACCACUAGCGGUGCAACUAAGAAGUAUUCUGAGAUAACCGCAGCAAAUCCCAAAAACUCAGCCAAUCAGUCUACCAAAGCAACCGCUUCACAGGGAAGUAAGGUCCAGCAGAUGUUAAAUCCAAAUCCUAAACAAUUGACCGCUGACAUACCAAUAGAAGAAAAUCAUAAUAAGGAAGAAGACGCCGGCAGCCAAGAAUUGGAAUCGCCACAGAUGCUCCAGACUUCAACUUUCAAGGUAGCGCAGAAAAGGAUACGCCUUGAAAGUCGGAAGAAAGUGGUUCUUAUAGUCGAGUUAGUAGAAAUGAGAGACAGGGUUACGUUAUGUCAUUCUUUCAUUCUUUGGCAAAGGCUGAUGACAGAGUCUGAAGAUCACGAGCCUCACACCCUGCAAGAAGAUAAGGUCCCCACACCAGAGGCCACGAAAACGGUUUGGGAAUCAAUCUGGGGAAACCGUGUGAUUCACAACAAUACCAGAUGGCUGUUUGACGAGAAGAGGUCUACAUCUAACCUCCACACUCUGUUGGAAUGGGAAGUAACAACCGACCAAGUAACCAAGGCUAUAAGCAAGACCUUGACUUGGAAGGCACCUGGACAGGAUAAAAUACAAAAUUUCUGGUAUAAACAAUUCAAGACCAGCGUGGACCAGCUCAUACCCGAGCAACAACUGCAACAAUGGAAGAGUAAGGCACUUCAUGGUAAAUACCGCACCCUACUCGAGAACGAUAACAUCCGAUACCUUUGCGUCCACGGCCUACCUCCGCCCUGGUAA